CAUGGAGAGCUGCCUUCAUCACCAUCCUGCUACUAGUACUGCUGGGUUUGGGCCUACUGUUUCUGUCACAUAGGAAAGGGUACAUUUCAUUUGCAAUGAAAGGGGAAUGUGUGCAGAGUGUGGAAACACUACAAGUGACAGACACAUCCAACAACAUAUUCGCACCAGGUGAAUUUGUACAAAGUGUGGGAAAACUACAAGUAACAGAAACAUCAACCAACACAUCUGCACCAGAAAUUACAGAAAAGUCAACAACAACACAAACCAAAAUCAUUACAAAACCAGGACCAGAGAUAAUAACAGGAGAUGCAGUACAACUUACGCUGGAUGAGAAAACAGCUCCUGAUUUCCUGAAUGUGGAGGAACUAGCCAGUGGACGAUUACAAGUAACAUGUAAAGACCCAGGAAAAAUGGCUGCCCAGGGAACCCAGCAUCCUCAUGUUCUGUGUAAAGAGAGACUCAACUCACAUCGUCACUACUGGGAGGUGACGGAUGAUGAGGAAUCUAACAGGUUACCCAAUCUAGCGCAGAGAGACUCCUGGUAUGUGGGAGUGUGUACAUCCACAGCAGCAGAGAGCAAAGUCAAACUUACUCUGACUCCAGAAAAUGGCUACUGGAUUCUUCAUUAUCAAAAAGGAACUGGAUUCUUCACCAAUGCUGAAACUACAUGUACAGCUGCUGUAUCAGUGGCAUCAAAUAUACAUGUGCUCGGGGUGCACCUAGACUGUGACAAUCAUACGUUGUCAUUUUACAAUCCUUGGGAUGAAACACAUAUUUGUACUUUCUACAACAUUCCUCCGUUGAAGACAUUCAUUCCACUUAUCUGUCCUGGUCUUACUGCUGGAGAUAGUUUGAUGUGUGUUAGACAAUGUUCCAGACCAGGUCAUUAUAUAAAUGGCCAAUAUGUCGAUGACUGAGAUUCUGCAAUGGAUAGGAAUGUAUGCUGGCAUUCCAUCUCUGGCAUUCCAACUCAAAUCCCUGCUCCAACUCACAUCCAACUCCAAUUCCAGUCAAAACGCAACUGUAUCAUAACCAGAAUGUAGCCGUCAAAAGCAGGAUUAAUCCAAAUUAAGAUGGCCUGGGACCCCUAGGCUACAGGUUGCUGUAAGGGCCCCACGCAAAGCAAAUUUCAUGACAAAUUUACACAGUGUCAUAAUUAUGAAUUGGGAUUAAGGAUGUCUACCAACUGUGCUCAAUAUGACACAUGCAUUUUUCAAUAUUAGGCUACGGAGCAUCUUCUCACAAUUCUUUUUUUUCACUUUUGGCCAUUCGGGGGGCCCAUGGCAGAUGGGGGUCCGUAGGCUGCAGCCAUAUCUAUCUAUCCUGUGCAUUCGAAAGUAACAGGGCAUUACAAUUUGGAUUAUGAGAAACUUGUAAUAUAAGCUUUGCUUGAAAGGUUUAAACCACUAAACCGUUUCAUCUCUCUCGCUUCUCCUUGGUUUGCGCUUUUGCCUUGUGGUUGUCAAGUCAUUGGCUGUGGCCGCUGUCUCCUAUUUUUAUUUAAACAUUUCUCUUACAUAAAAUGUAAUGUCAUUACACUGAUUUGCACCAUCAAAUUUUCCUUUUGGUUCCUUUUUUCAUUAUUUAUAAUUUUUUUAGGGCUUUUUUGCCUUAGUUUUUGUCCAUACAGUGGAGGAGAGACAGGAAAUGAGCGGGGAGAGAGAGACGGGGAAGGAUUGGCAUAUGACGCGGACUGGAAUCGAACCCGGGUCUAGUAACCCAGUGCCCAGCCGUUAGGCCACAGCAGGGCCAUUUGGUUCCUUUUUACAUCCAUCCUCUGCCUUGUGUGCACAGUGUAUCUAAUAAAUGUAUGUGUAUUAGAAAUUCCUGUUCGAUGUGGAGUCCCCUUUUAUGUCUAAUACCUUGACCCAUUUUUCUUACAUAACAUUCACUGUCAUUAGACAUAUUUGCACCACACUUUCCUUUUGGUUUCUGCCUUUUUAACAUCCAUCCCCUGUCUUUUUUACAU